AUGGGGGACAAGCUCAUGGAGCAGAUCUUCAACCUCAAGUUCACGGCCAAGCAGCUCAACAGGUCGGCCAUAAAGUGCGAGAAAGACGAGAAGGGGGAGCGCUUGAAGGUCAAAAAGGCGAUCGAGAAGGGCAACCUGGACGGAGCCAAGAUCUACGCGCAGAAUGCGAUUAGGAAGAAGCAUGAGCAGCUGAACUACCUGAAGUUGGCCUCCAGGCUGGACGCCGUGGUCAGCAGGCUCGACACGCAGGCCGCCUAA